UAAGUAAAUUCAUGAAAUUUCACUAUCUUACACUGACUAAUUAUUAUUAUUAUUAUUAUGAUUAUUAUAAUUAGGGAUUGGCAAUGAGUCCAAAUUCUUAUGGUCCUUCACCAGUGAACAGUACAAGUAAUUCACAUAUUUCAAAAUCAGAAUCACUUCCUACUAUGGCUUCUACUUAUCCUCAUCAACAAUCAUCAUUACAAGCACAAUCCCAAAAUAUGCAACCACAUCAACAACAAUCACAACAAUCUCAACAAUUGUAUCAUCAUCAUUCAGACACACCAUUUAUGGAAAACAAGGAAAAAGAAUUACAAAACCAACUCUAUCGAAAAGUAGCAGAACGAAUACAAACCUUUCAUGUGGAUAUAUCAACUGAAAUGGAUGAAUUACUGAUGGUGAACAGACAACUCAAUGAUGGUGAAAUACAACUUUCAAAUGAAAUGCAUGUACUACAAGAUCUUCGGGAACGUCUUCAUACCAACAUUGGGAUUUUACAAUCAAGGACAAGUGAUAUAGAUCAAAUCAUUGCUGAUGUGAAUGCCAUGCCUGAUGUCUCCGUGGAUGAAGCUCUUUCUGGAACAACUGUGGUGUACAAUCAAUUAUUUGAUUUAGUGGCUGAUGAUAAUGCUAUAGUGGAUACCAUCUAUUACCUGGGAAAAGCCUUGAAUACUGAACGAAUUGAUUUAUCUACGUUCAUGAAGUGUACACGCAAACUGGCUCGAGAACAAUUCAUGAAACGGGCUUUGGUCAAGAAGAUGAUGGAUUCCUAGUUUUAGAUAUUUUAGAUUAUAUUAUUAUUAUUAUUAUUUUUAUUAUUAUUUUUCUUUGAUACAGUUGUAGGAUAUGAUAAUUUUUUUAUGCCCAUCUUUUAUAAUAAACCGUCGCUCUUCGAAUAUUUUAUCCAUUUGACGUUUUUAAUAUUUUUUUU